GUUUGAACAGCAACGAGAACUUAGAGAGAGGGAUUGCAGGUGGGGUCAGAUCAAAAUAGUCCUGAUCAGACUUCAUCUGGAAAAGUGUCAGUUUCUGAGGAUAUCCUCAACAGUCAUAUGGUUAAGGUUAAUCCAAGGGUUAGAUUUAGAGAAAAAUCUAAGGAACACCCUUUGCUUGAAGAAGAUGUUGGUUUGAAUGAAGACUAUGGAGACUCAGCUGUUGGGUUUGAUGGCUCUUCUAGUACUUCAGAAAUGUUAUGCAGAGAAGCAUGAUACGUCCAGUACUCAUGAAAUUGACAGCCUAAGUACAGUCUCUGGUGAUUUGACUGGGCUUGGUCACAGCCCUCAGCAAGAUAAAGGAGAUCCCUCAGAUCGUCGGUUUUUUGGUUCAGGGUCUAACAAUUGGGUUCAUGGCUGGAGUUCAGACUAUUCCGGGGAUAAUGACCUAACUGUUGCUUAUGAAGAAAAUAGCAGACUCCGAGGGUGCUUGGAAGUGGCAGAAUCAUCUAUUCAGGAACUUAAGAUGGAAGUAAGCUUGUUGCAAAAUCACGCUAGUCAAAUAGGUGCUGAAACCGAGAAGUUCUCUCAGCAACUUGUCACUGAGAUUUCUUCUGGAGAACGGUUGGCAAUAGAGAUUUCUGAUUUAAAAUUAGAGUGUUCAAAGUUGAAAGAAGACCCUGAGCAAAUGACAAGUUCUAAACUGUGCUCUUCUCUAACCAGCAAAGAAGCUAUUAAGAAAGGUGAGGACCACUUACUCCAAGACUUAGAGGUUGUAUUGUCAAAGGGGCUUUUAGUUAUGGAGGAUAAGAUAAGGGAACUUCAAAACAAGGCAUGUUUGAAUUACUAUGAAAGAAAACAUAUGUUCAUUCAAACAGACUUGGAAGCAUUGCUUGGCAUUCUGAAAGAUCUCAAACAGGGAACUCAAAAAGAAAUGUUUAUUCUUGGGUCACUAGCAUCUGAAAGUUUGCAAAAUGAAGACUAGCGGAGAAAUGAGCCUAACUAAUUCUUUCAUACCGGCAACCAGUUUUUGAUGCAGAGCUUUAUCAACCAAACCGGGCAUGGUUCCAUGCAUUAGUGCCUGGUAUGCCGCAUGAAACUGAUUCUAUGGUUUCCACUAAUGCAAUGGAAGGAAAAUCUUUGAACAUCUGAGAGAGUUGGAUGAAUCAAAAGCUGAGCGGGAAAGCCUUGCAAAGAAAAUGGACCAGAUGGAGUGCUACUAUGAAGCUCUCGUUCAGGAGCUUGAGGAAAACCAAAGGCAGAUGCUGGGAGAAUUGCAGUCUCUCAGAAAUGAGCAUUCUACAUGCUUGUUUAGGGUGCAAUCUGCUAAGCUGAGACAGAGACUAUGCGCCAAGAUAUGAAUGAGCAUGUCUUGAGAUUGGCUGAAGAAAAACAAGAUUUGGAAUCUCUGAGCAAGGAACUGGAAA